GUGCUCGCCGUGGUCGUUUCACUGUAGACGUGUAACGCGCCGAGAGUCAUAUUUCUAUGAUAAAAAAAAACAGUGAGUGUUUGCUUGGGAUCGUGCGAGACCAUAUCAAUUUAUAUAAACCGCACCGGAAACGAUUCUUUAAAAUCUCCGUCCGGAUCCAUAGAAGGAUGCUGCAGAAGGAAACUGUUUCCAAGAUAAGAAAAGCCGGAGAGAUCGAGAAAAGUUGAGUUCCCAAAUAUCGGAGAGCAGUCGCUCACUCUCGCGAUCGCUUCAACACGGUGCAACAUCUCGCGGCAGGUUAAUCAUAUUGGAAGCCGGCUUGGCUUGUUGGUUUACCAUACACUUUGGGUCACGGCACAGAUGAGCCCCUGAAAAAAAAUCGAAGCGCCCGCGCCACCCAACAGCAGACGUUUCGCCAUCGGAGCGCGCGCACACGGUUUAUCUCUUCGCGUUUUGUUUUGGUUUUUAAUGCUGCGCAGAGGCUCGCUUUGCGUUAUUUUCUCAUAGCGCCUUCCGUGAGCUGGAGGUUAUACGAGAUGAGAAUUCCGCUGGAGUAGUUUUUGUUUGUGUAACCAAUGGAGCUUUUCUGGCGAUACUGUUGAGUGUUGAGAGUGGUAUGUUCUGUGGUCUGCCUUCGCUAAUUAGGCCUUUGUGUGUUAAAAAGCUAAAUUAUCACGAAGCUGAAUUGUCGGUGAGGUCUGCUACGACAUUGACUCUAAUGUGAGGCCCCGGUUGGUUUCGUGAUAAGACCAAACCCUCCCCGCCGUCGGCACACAAGCCGGUAUUCGUUGAGUUUGCUUUUAUCGUGCCCUUGAAAUUCGUGUCAUUGGAUCAGAGAAUACGUAAAUGCCGGGUCUAUUUUUAACCUUGUAGCCAAGUAGAGAACCCAGAACGGGGAAAAAGACUUGAGCAAAACAAAACGUCGCACAUAUAGUGUCGUCUGAUAGUGCAUUCAACAGAGUAGUUGCAGCGAUUCCAUCCACUGUGUGCAACAGACGAGACCAAGAAGAUAAGCCACCGAGAUAAGUGAUGUUUCAGGAAACAUUUUAAGUUUUAGCUUGUGCGCUCGAGGCUGUAUGAAAUUCUCGAAGUUCGUUUCACGUUUCGUUCUGUUUCGAUUGUUUGGGAUGCUGUGAAGCAUAAGUCUGAAAGCAAUUACGCGAGAAGGAAAAAAACAUACGUUUCAACCGAAGAAUUUGAGUGUGAAAAAAACAUGCUGUUAAUUAAGCUCGAACGGAGUAUUGAUCAAAUUUGAAGGCAAUUAAGUCGUAUCGGCCCACGUGGUGUUUACAAACAAACGCCGGCGCGUCAGCUUUGAAUACAACUUUGACCGGUGUUACGCCAUCAGGAAUAACAUUUAAGAGAGGGCUGUCUAGCGUUGCGUUGGUUAGGAGAGUGAGAGAAGGCGAUUUACUAUUUACUCAUCGCUUGAAUAGUACGCGUAAGGCCCCGCAUUACCAAAAUAUAUCUUCCUACAACCAGACCAAACGAUGUCGGUGCCCAUCAUUCUCUUCUACGUGUUCAUCACCGCGUUCAUGCUGAUGUCGUACAGCCCAAAGCCCCGCAAGAUACUGAAAGCGAUCAAAAGCUUUCUGUUGCAGCUUGUUCACCUGAGCGACAAUACAGCUUCGGUGGCGAUACAAAUUCCACCCACUGGUGGUCAACCAGACAAGCAACCGACGGUGUGGGACAUACCGGGCCCCAAACGUUGGCCACUGGUUGGGACCAAAUGGAUUUACCUCACCGGGCGAUACAAAAUGAGCAAAAUGCACGAUGCUUUUGUGGACCUGCACCAGCGUUACGGUAAAAUAGUUCUGGAAGUUGACCGUCAGGUGCCUAUCGUGAACCUGUUUGAACGUGUCGAUAUGGAGAAGGUACUGCGAUAUCCCAGCAAAUAUCCGUACCGUCCGCCAACGGAAAUAGUCGAGUACUACAGACGGAGCCGUCCGGAUCGGUUCUCUAGUACCGGGAUUGUUAACACGCAGGGCGAGCAGUGGCAUGAAAUGAGAGUUAAGCUGACGUCGGGCAUUACAUCACGGAAGGUUUUACAGGCUUUUAUACCUUCUUUGAACGUAAUCUGCGAUGAUUUCAUUGAUUUAUUGCGUCGUCGGCGUGAUGACAACAAUUGUGUCAAAGACUUCCAGGAUGUGGCGAACACAGUUGGACUUGAAAUUAUUUGCUGCCUGGUUCUGGGACGCCGAAUGGGCUACAUGAGCGACGACAAGCUGAAGAACGAGAAAUUCGCAAAACUUGCAGAAGCCGUAAAAUCUAGCUUCAUGUACAUCAGCAAAAGCUAUUACGGAUUAAAACUCUGGAAGUAUAUCCCCACCGCAUUGUACCGGGACUAUGUGCGCUGUGAAGAGAUCAUCUACGAUACAAUCGCUGAAAUUGUUAAUGAAGCACUUGCAGAAGAACAGGGAAGCUGUCCCGAUGACGAUAUGCGCAGUAUAUUUUUCAGCAUUCUACAAACUGAAGGAUUGGAUACGAAGGAUAAAAUCGCCGGUAUUAUUGAUUUGAUUCACGCAGCUAUCGAAACGUUUUCAAAUACUCUGUCGUUCCUACUGAACAAUUUAAGCCAGCAUCCAAGCAAGCAAACCCGAAUAGCUGAAGAAUUCAGUACAUGCCCUCAGGUAAUCACGAGUACCGAUAUGAGCAAUGCAACCUUCACAAAGGCCUGUAUCAAAGAAUCGUAUCGGGUUUCACCUACAACGCCCUGCCUAGCCCGCAUCCUCGAGGAAGAUUUUGUCCUAUCAGGCUAUCAUUUGAAUGCUGGGACUGUCGUUCUCUGCCAUACACGGGUGUCGUGUCAAAGCGGGGAAAACUUCAGCCAAGCCGACGAAUACAAGCCUGAACGAUGGUUGGAACAGAUGGACGAGAAUCAGAACGUAUACAAGACCGAAGAACCAGGAGCAUCCUUGGUGCUUCCCUUCGGCACUGGUCGGCGAAUGUGUCCUGGUCACAGGAUCAUAGACAUUGAACUAACCCUAAUGGUGGCGAAGCUUUUCCAACAAUUUGAAAUCGAGUACCAUAGCAAACUCGACACGCAGUUCCAGUUUCUGCUAGCUCCGGGAACACCGAUUGAGAUUAUUUUCAAAGAUCGUAACUGAGCUGAUCUGUACAGAAGGCACCCGCUCAGCUGAUCUUCCUGAUUUGUUAUCUAUUGUGAAUAAGAGUUUUAGUUGUAAGACUGCACAGCAAAGCCCUUUGGGAUAAAGCGACGAAAUGUGAGAAUCAUAUUGAUUAUUAUUGUUAAACAGAUUGUUGAUCUGUGUACUAGUACUGAUUGUUCAUAAAACAAGUUAUUUCUAACUAUACCAUAAUUUUGUAUCAGUAUAAUUUAUUGCAUUUGUACAGAA